AUGCCGACCACCGUCCAUCGCCAAGAAUCCACCACCACGGUGAGGAAGAAGCAGCAGGGUCUCCUCCUCGCCCUCCUCCUCUCGUGCUGCCUGCUUGGCGCGGCGGGGGGAACGGAACCCUCGGAUGCCGAGGCCAUCGCCGACCUCGCUCGAUCCCUCGCGAGGCCGCCCUCUUCCUGGAAAGCCGGCGGCGACGCCUGCUCCUUGGAGGGCAUCUCUUGCUCCACCUCCGGCCGCGUCACCGCCAUCGACCUCGCGGGGAUGGGCCUCGCCGGGACCCUGCCCUCCUCCCUCUCCUCGCUCACCGCGCUCGAGUCGCUCCGGCUCGGGGGCAACGCCCUCUCCGGCGCCGUCCCGCCGCUGCGGGCCCCCUCCCUCACCAACCUCUCCCUCGACGGCAACGCCUUCACGUCCCUCCCCAGGGACUUCCCGCGAGGGAUGCCCGCGCUGCGGCACCUCAGCAUGGACAACCUCCCCCUGGCGCCGUGGCCCUUCCCCGAUGCCAUCGCCGGCUGCCCCUCCCUCCGCACCUUCUCCGCCUCCAACGCCUCCGUCACCGGCCCCUUCCCGGUGGCGGCGGCACUUGUCAUCGCGAACCUCACGUCGAUCAGGACGCUCAGGCUGUCGCAGAACAUGCUCACCGGGGUGGUGCCGGCGGCUCUGGGCAGGGUCGCCAGCCUGAGGGACAUCUCCCUGUCCAGCAACUACCUCCAAGGGCCGGUGCCGCACUUCUCCGCCGGCGUCGCCGCCGACGUGGUCGCCGGCAACGGCUUCUGCCUGGACGAGCCCGGGCCGUGCAACGCGCAGGUGACCACGCUCCUCCAGGUGGCCGAGCGGUUCGGCUACCCGCUUUACCUUGCAAGGUCAUGGACGGGGAACGACCCUUGCCGUGGCUCUUGGCUCGGCGUGGAAUGCUCCUCCAGCUCGUCAGAUGUAGACAUGAUCUACCUGUAUGACGCCAACUUGUCAGGGACAAUAGCACCAGCCAUAGCGAACCUGACAGGGCUUCGAAGACUUGUCCUAGCCAACAACAGUCUCACCGGGGAGAUACCGGAGCCUCUCACGACACUGCGGAAACUCCAGCUUCUUGAUGUCACCAACAAUAAACUCACCGGCCAGCUACCCAAGUUUAAGCCAUCUGUUCGUGUGCUGUCAGAUGGCAACGCGUUUGGGGAACCACCAGGUGCUGCUCAGAGUUGA